GCGCAGCAUCGGCCCGCGUCGACGAGGCAGCGCGGAGCUCCGGGGGAGUGUCGGCGGCCAGUGUGAUAUCGCCACUUGGCUGAUACGGAAUAACCGCUGGCGUUCGUGGUCGGACGGAUGGCGGCGGUCGGGCGAGGACGUGCGGUUUCCCUCCGCGUCAUGCAUUGCAAAACGUGGAAUAAAUAAUAAGCGGGAGAAUGGUGCAAUCAUGAUUCAACUUGGAAACGAUCCUGAGGAAGAUUCAGCAGCUCGGCUGUCCUGUAUAUACCGUAUACAACGGUGACACAGCUCGUAUAUAGAUACAAAUCACUAUCAUGGAUAUACAGAAGAAAUUUCUGUGCCCCCGACUGGUGGAUUACCUCGCCAUUGUAGGGGCCAGAGUGCCCUCUGCCUCUCGUCAGCCCGUCCAGGUCCCAGAGUUGUUACGCAGAUAUCCAGUGGAGGACCACAAGGACUUUCCCCUGCCUCUGGAUAUGGUGUACUUCUGCCAACCGGAAGGUUGCAGCAGCGUGGGACCAAAACGCACGGCCUUACGAGAGGCAACAUCCUUUACUUUCACUCUCACCGACAAAGAUUCAGGGAAAACUCGUUAUGGGAUCUGCGUGAAUUUCUACCGACCUAUGGAAAGAGCGGGUCUCGCAGCUGGCGCGGGCAUCUCGCUCAAGAGAGAGAAGUACAACACCACGUUCCGAAGAGAGAGUUGGAGGAAGAGCAUGGAGAGAAGCACGGAUUCUGCAUUUUCUAGCGACUAUAGGAGCAGUGCAGUGGGUCCUAGUGACUCUGACAGAGAUUGCUCCAGCAGCAGAAGAGACUCAGACACCCCGCAGGUCCCUCACGCCCCGAGAUUGGAUAUCAUCGCGCCGAGCGGAGACAGCGAGAGCGGCGGCAGUCAUUCUCCGUCGCCGCGAGCGUCUCGAAGACGUCAGAGAGUUCGCAAUCACUCCUUGACUUCGUUGUGCAUUAUUUCGCAUCAUCCGUUUUUCUCGAUGUUCCGGGAAUGCCUUUUCGUUUUGAAAAAGAUUAUUGACGCGUGCAACGAAAGCUUCUCACCACAGAAGGUAGGAGCUUCUCGGCAAACCAACAGGGACACGGUGUGGAGUGUACUGACGGGCCAGGCUUUGGAAGGCACGCCGUCUAUCGUACUUCACGACGUACGCGAGAUAGAGACGUGGAUACUGCGUCUGCUCAGCAGUCCUGUGCCGGUCCCGGCAAAGACGCGCGUCGAGGUCGAGAUAAUUUCGUCAAGUAUGCAACCACCAUUAUGCUUCGCUCUGCCGGACCACACUAGAUUUUCUCUGGUUGAUUUCCCUUUGCAUCUUCCAUUGGAGCUUCUCGGCGUUGAUAUAUGUCUAAAAGUUCUCACGCUAAUCUUGCUGGAGAACAAGAUUGUUCUUCAAUCCCGAGAUUACAAUGCUCUGUCUAUGUCGGUUAUGGCGUUCGUUACGAUGAUUUAUCCUUUGGAGUAUAUGUUCCCGGCGAUACCAUUGCUACCAACGUGCAUGAGCUGUGCGGAGCAGUUGCUGCUCGCGCCGACGCCCUUCGUGAUCGGAAUACCCGCUUCUUUUCUGUUGUAUAAAAAGAAUUUUAAAAUGCCUGACGACAUUUGGCUGGUGGACCUAGAUAGCAAUAAAAUCACGGCGCCCAGUGGUGUAAACGACAGUUUGCCGCCGUUGCCGGAACCGGAGGGUACCAUUCUAAAGAAUCAUCUGAAACAGGCAAUGCAACUGAUGGAUCAAGUUGGCUCUAGUGCUAUGGCGAGUAUGUCGGGCCCUCCUCUACCUUCGCAAGACAUCACGCCGCGUCUCUCUUUUCAGCCGCCGAGUAGAAGAGAAAGCGCGGUAUCUCAUCAUACGAACUUAACUGUAGCUCCUACCAAGCAUAGACCGAGCAUCGAUCAGUGCGCACAUAUUCAACACAGCCCGUUGAAUUCGCCGGGCAUGAGUACGUCGAGUCCAAUUCGUCGGCCGUCGACGUCGCAGUCAAUCGGGCCCGGAAGCGGGCCGUAUCCGCCGAAGACCGCGAUCGGGCAAAAUUCAACGGCGCCCUUCAAUCCUUUCAUCUACGGGAACGACGUGGAUUCGGUGGAUAUCGCCACGCGGGUAGCUAUGGUGCGCUUCUUUAACUCGCAAAAUCUGCUGGCCAACUUCACUGAGCACACGAGGACCCUGAGGCUGUACCCCAGGCCGGUGGUGGCCUUCCAGAUCAAUUCGUUUCUUCGCUCGCGACCCCGGGCGAGCAGUUUCCUGAAUAAAUUCGCGCGCACGCAGGCGGUCGAGUUCCUGGCGGAGUGGUCGCUCACACCGAGCAACGUGGCCUUCCUCCGGGUGCAGACGGGGGUAUUUGAUCCGACGCAGAUUGGCGACAAGCCGCGCUGGUACGCGAGCAAUCUCGAGCCGAUCUACUUUCCUGUCUGGGACUCCGGUAGCUCGCUGGCGAACGCUCUGAAAGCGAUGAAAGAGCUCGAAAGUCAGCCUACGGACGAGAGCGGUUCUGAUUCCGAGGGCGCCGAGAGCACGAGCUCUUCUUACUCUUCUUUGAGCGACUUUGUCUCCGAGAUGGCCUCAUCCGAUCUGUCGCCGGGUUAUAAUUGUCCGCAAAUAAGUCAACCCCAACAAAUGUCGCUCUCGGUGGAUCCGAAAAACGUUUACAAUCCUCCGAGUUCCUUGCAAUAUCCGGGAGUGGAGGAGGACUCGCCGGCACGGCCUGAGAGCCCACCGAGUACUUCUUCUAGUCACAGCGAUCUCAGUAGCCCGAGCUUUAACAGGGAUUCCGAGCUCGAAUUAAAUCCGAAAAUUCAUGAGGGUUCACAGUCCACUAACGAUAAAGAGGAGGGUGGUAGCUUUGAGUCAGACUCCGCGUCGACAAUAACACCGCGCACAAUCCUGAGCGCACAAAGUUCGGUAGGACAGUUUGGGAUAAACGUGGGAUCUUUAGGCACUCCUUCGCUCAACGACGUUGAACGUCCUGCGACCCCUCACAGGACCUCGCGUGUCAGUAGAUAUGUCACUCCUAUACCACCUACUGGACCAGGUCUACAACGCCAGCCGAGCGUCGGGAACGUCCUGGCAAGAGGCUCCAGCUUCAGCACCACCGGUGGUCCUCUGCUACCGCGACAGAUCAGCACCGCUGCCACUGAGCAUCAUCCUGAAGGAGCGCAGCUACAGCGUCAAGCGUCAGCGGGAAUAAUUGCGCAGAAACCGAACGACGGCACGGUGCAACGGCAGAACAGCGGGGGCAGCAACUCAAGCACCGGAAACGGUGUGCUCAGACAAGGUUCUCAGGGAUCUUUGUUCGAGCAGAUCGCUAGCCAGGCGAAAGAUUUAGUACGCGAGACCACCAGACAGAGCAGCCAAGACGGGCUCCUUGCGCAAAUGGACAAGCUCAAGCAUCAGGCAAAAGAAAAGAUAACAGAGGCUGGCGAGGAUAGUCUAUUCGCACCGUUGGAGCAGUUAACACAACAAACUAAGAAAGCCAUGGGCGAGGCCAGCAAAUCGGUGCAAGAAGCGUCGAAAACUGCGCUAGAGGCAAGCAAAACCGCAGCGGGCGUCAGUAAAAAUACACUAGACGAUUUGACAUACGUCGGUAAGAGUACACUGGGAGACUUAACAAAAAGUGCCAAAGAAGUCGCUACAAAAAAGGGCUUGCUCAAGAGUCUUGGCGAAACGCAACAAUCACCAGUGCACACGCCACCGUCUCCUAAUAUGACGCAGCGAAAGGAUUCGAUCAGUAAUCAGUUGGUCGCAUCAGACACACGUGGUGGUGUCGGACGAGAUUUUUUCAGCAAUAUCAGUAGCGAUUUAAACGGUUUCGCCGCGCAGACGAGCAGUAUGUUCAGCGAUUUAUUUGGUAGUAAAAAUAAUUCCAAUAGGAGUAGCAGCUUCUUCCCGCAGAAUCAGAAAUCGAAGGAAAAAACUCAGAUUCUAGGGCCAUUCCCUAAAGGAAAAACGGGGUUGGUGGAACGUUCCUCAUUGAUAAAACAUUCCUCGCAUAAAGUUAAUCAAGAAGAUGCGCAAAGAAUACAAAAUGCCGAACGUUCCAGUACAAACAGCGACAAUCAAGCUUUCUUGAACGAUGUGGUGACACAAGUGUUGGCAGGAGAAGGCGUCGGCUGGCUCAAACUGAACAGACUGAAGAAGCUAAUGGAGGAUGAAAAUUAUCGAGAUUUGGUCGUGACGAAGUUGAAUAAAGGUCUCAAUAGAAAGAUUAGUCCGGACGACCACAUUGAUGAUGUGGCUAUACCGAAACCCGUGUACAAGGGAAUGUUAAAGUGCCUUCAAGCAGUUACGUAUGGUCUUGCGCAUACGUAUAAUAAUUUCGGGCUAGGCGGAAUGGCUUCUGUCUUCCAACUGAUGGAAAUUGCUCAUACGCAUUACUGGAGCAAAGAUCUAUCCGAAGGUGGUUUCGAUAGCUCAUUGAUGUCGCAGGCAUCUAGCCCAUUCGGCAGUAGAGAGAAUUUAAAAUCCCCACAAUCUCCAAAUCAGCCAGACUUCACGGAUACUACGCAAAAAUUGGAUCUGCCGCAAGUGCAUUUGGAUAUGCCGCACAUACAAGCACCAGCAACAGGAGAUACAAGCCAAUCGACAACGGACAUGUUUCUAGACAUGUUCACGAAGAAAGGGAAAUUUCUGAGCAAGCUCACUUCGUUUGAUUCCGAGAGUGGGCGGGGUGGUGGAACGGGGAGCAGCGAAGCUUUAUCCACAGACGGAGGUAGCAUUAUCACUAAUCCUGCUUUUCGGCAAGCGCACCAAGCUUCUUUCCGAAGCACUGUGUCUGAUAGCGAGGUCGAGCAAGGCAAUUUUCCUCGGCAAGGUAAACAGCGCUCCGGCAGCGUUUGGUCCAGCAAGUCGUCUUUGAGCACCGGAUUCCGAUACCACGGUGGAAGUUUAAUACCCACCACAACGCAACCGAGUCCGGAAGCCGCGAGAACGUAUCUCUUCGAAGGUCUGCUGGGGAAGGAGAGAUCCCCUCUGUGGGACCAAAUGCAAUUCUGGGAGGAUGCCUUCUUAGACGCCGUCUCGCAGGAGCGCGACAUGAUGGGCAUGGAUCAAGGACCUGGGGAAAUGAUGGAAAGAUAUAAGAGUUUGAGCGAAAGCGAGAGACGACGGUUAGAGCACGACGAGGACAGACUUCUGUGCACUCUGCUGCACAAUCUUACCGCUAUCUUGGUGAUGCUGAACGUCGACAAGAACGAACUGAAGCGGAAAGUGCGAAGGUUACUAGGCAAAAGUCACAUCGGCCUCAUCUACAGUCAUGAAUUGAAUCAACUGCUCGAUCAAAUCAAUAAUCUCCACGGAAACGACAUCGAUUUGAAGCCCCUGACGUCACGACAAAUGCAUCGACAGUCGUUUACCGUGCAUUCCGGGGUCGACGCCGAGGGUGAUCUACGGUUCCUCGAGGUCCGCCACGACGGUCUCGUGCUGAGAUCAGUGAAUGGCGUGAUAGUCGAACGCUGGUGGUACGAGCGCGUAGUCAAUAUGACAUAUAGUCCGAAGAAUAAAGUCUUAUGCUUAUGGAGGAGAAGCGGCGGCGACACCGAGUUACAUAAAUAUUAUACAAAGAAGUGCAAAGAUCUGUACUAUUGCAUAAAAGAUGCUAUGGAGAAAGCCGCGGCUCGCGGGCGAGGCGCGAAUGUGGGCAUUGAACUCGGUGGUGAAUUCCCGGUGCAGGACAUGCGAACAGGCGAGGGCGGGCUUCUACAAGUUUGCAUGGAAGGCGUCGGUCUACUCUUCGCGAAUAGCAAGGAUUUCGAGUUUUUUGUAAGACUCGAUCAUAUCCGCAAGUGCUUUACUCAAAAGGAUGGAAUCUUUGUUUUGGAAGAAUUCAAUCCUAAAACUAGACAAGUAAUUCAACGUAAAUAUAAGUCACAAAUGGCGUCUGAGAUCUGCUACGCUGUUCUCUGCGUAUUUUCUUAUGUGGCGGCUGGAUCGGAGCAACGAAAACAACAUGGCCAGCAACCGCCGCAACAACAGCAACACGGUGCACUACAACAUAGUACAUUACAACCACAUCAACAACGUCAGCAGCAGCAGCAACACCAACAGCAGCAGCAUCAGCCGCAACAGCAACACCAGCACCACCAGCAACAGCAACAGCAACACCAGCACCACCAGCAACAGCACCACCAGCAACAGCACCACCAGCAACAGCAACACCAGCAGUCUCGAUACCACUAUCAACAACACAGACAGGAACAACCGCAAUCGAGUAACGUAACGCCGCAGAUGCAAGCACAUAGAAACACGCAACUGGAUCCCUAUCCUCGUCAACACUGACACAAACAAAGACACUCGCUUCCGUUCGUGGGCAUCCACAAUAAGAAUAGCUGUGCCCCUUACGCUUGUCUACCUUGGGUAUAAGUGUACGAUUUCUCUUUAUCUUCCUCUCUCUAUCUAUCUCUUUUUUCUCUCUAAAUAUUUAUUUAAAAAUUCAUCCCACGUCGGGGAUACAUGUAUAUGGGCAAAGUAAUGGCGACAAGUACCCUUCAUUUUCGCAGAAGCAUUUCUUUCCGAAUAAACGCGCCGCAUCAACGUUACUUCUAAUUGGAAUUCAAAAAAGGCCGUCAAAAGUCGUAAUAACUGAGAGCAACGUCUGCCCUUAGCUUAGACGAUUAUUGCGUUAGCAUCGGGCUGACGGCGCGGACACAUUUCCUUUCGGACUUUUUACUCGGAGUGAUGUAGUCUCGCGUUAAUGUGAUAGGUAAUCGUAUUCUUCUAUUCGUACUUACACGUAGAUAUACGUGUACGUGUGUCACCCAAAGCAAUUAAAUACAAUAAAUAUUCGUAUAAUUGGAGAUACAAUUUUAUAUGAUACGCGCCGCGUACAGAGAGAUCGUAACUGUGAUUGUUCGCGAUGUGGAAGAGCAAAGAUUUAUUUUACCUCGAGUGUGUAGUAGAAGUAGGUAGCGAGUCGAGUCGGUAUCGUUGGUAAACGCCGAAUUACCAAAUCUUCGCUGGUUCUUCUUAGUUGUCGCUGUCGGAAUUACGUCUGUCGUGUUCUUAUAGACAUUCGGACCUUGCGCGAUGAAAGUGCAAAUUACGUAGGCGACGAGACAGGUGUCUUGGUCUUCGUUCGCUAUCUUCCUCUCCUUUGCGUCUGCAGUGAAAAUUUAACCGAUGACUUUAUAUCUCAUUUCAUUUCGGUCGCAUACGCGAAGUGUUAGCGAAACUGUCGUGUGUAGAAUGUAUAGAAACACGUACUGUCGUUUAUCGUAUGUUCCACGAGCAAACACGUGGUGGUUAUUAUUUUGUACGGCCGCGAAUUAGAUGAAAGAACAAACUCUCUCCGAUAGCGUAGAGCAUGUUAGGGUACAUGUGAUGUCCCAAAAAUGAUUAGGCAUUAUAUGCGAUAUAAUGUAAUAACUGUACAAUAUCCUCGAAACCAAACUAAAAAAAGACAACGUCUUUGGGAAUGCUGUAAAUUUACAUCCUGCGUUUUUCCUACGACUUGUACGUACUUAGUUAAGCACGACAUCGGAAAGUUAUAAUAGCUAGAUCACGGUAGUGUCCAGACCGCGAUAGUCUGAGUCUCGUCGGCACUAAGUGCAAAAAGAAAAAAAACGAAGAAGAAAUACUCGUUGCGUUUUCUUUGCCGUCUAUUACUCGACAUUUCUUACGUUGAUACGCGUUAAUGUAAAAAAAAAAAAAAAAAAAAA